AUGGCUCUUUACUGUUGUCUCCCCCUGCUGGUGAUGCUUUUGCAGCCUGUUCAGUGCCUCUAUAACUGCUCCUCUGAAUAUCAAAGGACCCCGGAAAACUCAGACCUAAUGGUUCAAUGUGGCACCAGCAUGAUUACCCUGGACAUCAAUCUAUGCACAGUUCAGUGGGCUGGCUUCAAUGCCACAGAGCUAGCACUGAAUGGGCAGUAUAGUAAUACAGCGUGCCAGGGCUCUGUGGACACCAGUGUGAACCCUCCGGUCGUCCAUUUCCAGCUUCCUGUCAACCAGAGUCAGGAUAACUCCUGUCGCCAGUCUCUGCAGAUUGUAGAUGAAAAGCCAGACCCUACAGGUCCCUUCAGCAGCUUCUUGAGUAUCCAGGCAGUUAUUACAGGAUACAUUAACACACCUAGAUCUGACCAGGGGCUGAUCAGCUACUCCACAGAUCUCUAUUACCACUUCUCCUGCCGAUAUCCACUGCAAUACCUUUUGAACAAUACACAGAUUACAGCCUCCUCAGUCUCUGUGGCAACCAGCAACAAUAAUGGGACCUUCAUCGAUUCACUCAAAAUGAGUGUUUUUAACGACUCCAACUAUAACUAUCCGUUAGUGGUGCCUGCAACAGGACUUGAGCUGCGAACCAAGAUAUAUGUGGAGGUCGAGGCUGAUAAUCUGACACAAAAUUUCAAUUUACUCUUGGAUCGUUGUUUUGCUACUCCAACUCCUUACAAUAUGUCACAGAGCAUGCAGUAUGACUUCUUCAUUGGCUGCGAUAUAGCUAACAGGACGACUGUGACGAGCAAUGGCGUCUCCACGGUUGCCCGGUUUAACUUUGAGGCCUUCCGCUUUGUUCAGCACCAUGACCAGGCAAAGUCCAGCAUCUAUGUGCACUGCAUGCUGAGACUCUGUGAGCCUAGCAAAUGCCAACAAAUUCAGAAUUGUGCUAAUAACAGAAGAAAAAGGUCUUUGGUUCCUUUUGGUAAAGAAAGCAGCGAAUCAACUACCAUUUCAGUCGGACCUCUUUACAUGGCUAAAGACUCUCCCAAUGCAGAAGACAGUAAUACCGUGACUUCAGGCAGCGAUGGCCAUAACAUGACAGGCCUGACUGUGUGCCUGCUGUCCUGCUGGGUCUUGGUGGCUGGUUUGUUCUGA